GUAAUAUCACAAGCCACAACGAUUGCUCCACAUGUCCCGAUGGUUAUACGUCCAAUUUUUCUCAUAACGGUGACAUUAAACCCAUUUGUUACCCAUUAAGUGCUGAUACUUACUUGAAAAGUCCCAGGAAUAAAACUUUAUCAUCAUAGGUUGCAGUUCUGGGCUUGGGAUGUUGUUGCUAGUAAUUGGAGCACGGUGGUUGUACAAGUUCGUUAAAAGAAGGAAAGCAAACAAGCUUAAGCAAAAAUUCUUUAAAAAAAAUGGUGGUUUGUUAUUACAGCGACGCAUGUCUUCCGUUGACGGCAACAUUGAGAACCCAAAAUUGUUUACCGCAAAUGAAUUGGAGAAGGCAACUGACAGCUACAAUGCGAAUCGUAUCCUUGGUGAAGGAGGUCAAGGCACUGUGUAUAAAGGAAUGUUGGAGGAAGGAAGAAUUAUAGCUGUUAAAAGGCCCAAGAAAGUGGAUGAAAGUAAAGUUGAUGUAUUCAUCAAUGAGGUGGUAAUUUUGUCACAAAUUAAUCAUCGGAAUGUGGUGCAAUUGUUAGGGUGUUGUUUGGAGACUGAAGUUCCCCUUUUAGUCUAUGAAUUCAUUCCUAACGGAACUCUUUUUCAGUAUAUACAUGAGAAAAAUGAGGAAUUUCCACUCACUUGGGACUUACGCCUACGUAUUGCCAUAGAAGUUGCAGGUGCUCUAUCUUACCUACAUUCAUCGGCUUCUCUACCUAUAUAUCAUCGAGAUAUCAAGUCAUCAAACAUACUCUUGAAUGAAAAAUAUCGAGCAAAAGUUUCAGACUUUGGAGCUUCAAGAUCUAUUGCAGUUGACCAGACUCACUUGACCACUCAAGUGCAUGGGACCUUUGGAUACUUUGAUCCUGAAUAUUUUCGAUCAAGUCAGUUUACAGAGAAAAGUGAUGUUUAUAGCUUUGGAGUGGUUCUUGCAGAGCUCUUAACUGGACAAAAACCUAUUCGUUCAACUAACUUGGAAGAAGAUAAAAGUUUAGCAUUCUAUUUUCUUCAGAUAAUGAAAGAGAAACGUUUGUUUGAAAUACUUGAUGCUCGAGCUUUGAAGGAUGGUAGAGAACAAGAGAUAAUGGCAUUUGCUAAUCUCACAAGAAGAUGUCUAAACUUAAAUGGGAGGAGGAGACCUACAAUGAGAGAAGUAGCAACGGAGUUAGCGGGUAUUAGAACAUCCAACAGAGGUUCAAUCUUGAAAGAAAAUUGUGAAGAGAUUGAUUAUGUAGAUGGUGAUGAAACAAGUUCAUCAUUUACUGGAUCGUUUUUGGAUAGUACCACGUUUUCAAUAAGCUAAUCCUUUGAUUUCAAGCAUGUGUGACAAGGUAACAACAUAAUUAAUUUGUUUCUGGUUGUAUCUUAUCCUAUGUUGAAUGUAUAUGUUUCUACUUGUGUCCUCAAA